AAAAUUCAAUCCUAAAAAUCAAAAGUUACUUUGGAUGUCUUAACAUUUGAAGAUGGAAUCUAAAGCACAUAUGAUUGCUAAGUUGGCCCCAACUUCAUUUUUCAAACGGAUGCCUAAAAGGAAGCCAUAUCAAGGAAAGAUAAAAGCUGUAAUACUUGAUUGGAGUGGGACAACUGCUGAUGCUCACGUUUUAGGUCCAGCAGUCGUGUUUGCCAAAGUUUUCGAAAAACAUGGCGUGCCGAUCUCAAUGACUGAAGCAAGGACCCCCAUGGGUAUCCGAAAAGAUCUUCAUAUCGGGCAGAUCUUGGAGAAUCCAGAUGUUCAAAAGCGGUGGGAAAAGGUCAAAGGGCAUAAGCCUGAUCCCGAAAUUGCAGGAAGUGAUGUACAGACUCUGUACAAGGAUUUUGUUCCAAUGCAAUUACAAUGUCUGAGUGAAUAUGGGCGUCUUAUACCUGGAACUGCUGAAGCGUUAAAUUAUCUGAAAUCGCAACUACAAGUUAAAAUAGGAUCAACUACAGGAUUCACCAAGGCAAUGGUUGAUAUUCUACUUAGAGAAGCUGCCAAGCAAGGCUACAUUCCUGAUAGUUCUAUCGGUGGCGAUGAAGUACCUAACAACAUGGGUUUCAGACCUGCGCCAUUUAUGCUUUAUCAGAAUCUAUUGAACCUGGGAGUUUGGCCUAUUGAAUCUGUCGUUAAGGUUGAUGAUACCAUUACUGGUAUAGAUGAAGGCCUGAAUGCCGGAUGUUGGACUGUUGGAGUUGCUGCUUAUUCCAAUUAUACUAAUGUAGACAGUCAUGAACAAUGGGACAAUAUGACGGAAAAAGAAAAGGAGCAAAGAAGACAGAUGUCAAGAGAGAAAUUGAUGACAAGUGGAGCACAUUAUGUUGUAGACAGUAUUGCUCAGCUUCCUCUUGUGGUUGAGGAAAUUAACGAACGUUUGAAGACUGGUGAGCAACCAUAAGAUGAAUAUCGCUUAGACAACUAGAUUACUUCAUCUGGUGAUCCAACAUGCUUUGAUGUUAUUAUUAUCUUCAAUUUAAUUUUAAUCAAGGUAAUUUUAACCUAAUUUGUGAUUUGCUUAUAGUACAUCUCUACCUAUGCAUUUUUUGAGAUUACUUUUCCUAAUAAAUUGUAUGUUAAAUGCAUUCGACAUUAUUUUUGUCUUGCUGCUUAUAAUUACUGUACCUCAAGUAUACCUCUGUACUGAUUUUUGCAAUAAAAUUACUUUCAAUUAGAAUUCUUUUAUAG